GAAGUAUAUUGACCGGUCACGGUACAAAGCAGUUCAAAAUGGGACCAAAAACAACUCACCCCCACAACUUCUACGGUCGGACUUUCGCCCAGCGCGUCCAUCCCAAAACUCCUUUGUUCCUCACCGAUGGUGUGUGCCCGUCAUCUAGCCUCGAACAUACGAGGCCGGCGGAGCGCUCAACCCUGUGCAGAUGAAAUGAG